AUGGAGGGGGUAGCGAGGGGCAGAAGUCGCGGAAGAGGAGAAAGCCAUAGUAGGGAUCUUGGUAUAUAUAGUGAGGGCGGACCUUUUCCAAACCAGAGUCAGGCUACACCUUCCAAACAUGAACCAAAUGCAGUCUUCGCUGCCUACUUUGUGCUGGUAUCGGCCACAGGGGAACGACCAGAAAGAGGACUUGAACAUCACGAAGGCCUUGAGAGCGGUGGAGAAGGUUCUUACGGAGGUGGUUCUUACGGAGGUGGCUCUUACGGAGGUGGCUCAUACGGCGGUGGCGGACACUCAGGCUACGGAGGCGGCUUUGGAGGAGGUCUCGUCCAUUCUGUCGAAGUGGAGAAGCAUGUCCAAGUUCCGAUCUACAAGCAGGUUCACUAUCCCGUGGCGCAGUACAUCCCGCACCCAGUGGCAGUACCCAUCCCUAUCAAGGUCCCUCAUCCCAUCCCCAUCAAAGUACCAGUGCCAAUCACAAUAGAGAAGAAAGUCGAAGUACCAGUUGAGAAGCACGUGCCAGUUCCAGUAGAGAAGCCCUAUCCGAUCGAAGUUAUCAAGAGGGUACCCUACCCAGUCCCCAAACCAUACCCCGUCCCCGUACCAGUUUACAAGACUAAGCACAUCUACCACACCACUUCGUAUGGAGGUGGCGGACACUAUCACCACCACUAA